CGAUGGAGGAGAUGAUCAAGGAGAGCGGGCUGGACGCGGCGCUCUUCAACGAGGUGUACCUGAGCUGGGUCGAGGUCGAGGCGAUGCACUUCCAGAUCUACACGGCAUGUGUUCGAGGAGUCCCUCCGAGUGAUCGAGUUCUGCGCGGCUUGUCUGCGAGCGGCGGACGCGGCGGACCUCCCGGACAGCGUGCUCCGGGAGCUGGGCGACCUUAUGGAUGCGUCUCAUUACAACUCGCGCAGGUUCUUGGAGCACUCGUGUCCAGAGGUAGACGAGCUCGUCCGUAUCACGAAGGAGGCCGGCGUAUGCAUCCAGGCUCACGGGUGCUGGUUGGGGAUGCACGGUGUCGCUUGUGGCUGAAGAUAAGGUGGACCUGUUUAUUGAGAAGCUCGUGGCGACGUACCCUGCGUACAAGGGUCUCGAGGGCGAGGUUUUGAAGCAGGUCAUCUUUGCAACGAGGCCGAGUAGUGGAGCAUGUGUGUUGAAGCUCGAGUAAGCAUUGCUAUGGUGAAGGAAGAAUGUACGAGAUGUGCGUAUGUAAUAAGAUUGGUAUAUGUGUCAUUCUCGCACGAGGCCCAGUCGUGUGCAACUCG